AUGAUUAAGUAUAUGCUUAAAAUACAAAAUUAUAAUACACUAUUAUUUUUAAAAAAAAAAAAAAUACAUCCAAUUAAUUUUAUUGCAAUAAAAAGACACAAUCACUCGACUGUCGAUAAAAAUGAAAAACAAAAAAAAAAAAUAAACUCUUCAAAUCAGGAAGAACAUUCAUGGAGUAUACUAACAUUUGAAAAGAAUAUAACUUUUUCAUCGAUAAGUUUUUAUUUAUUUUUGUCUGCUGUUCUUGCUUUACAUUUUUAUAAUAACUCACAAGAAAAUCUCAAAUCUAAUAUCAUUGAUGAAAUAAAAGAAAAAGAAAAGAAAAAUCUUAUCGAACUUGAAAAUAAAAAAAAAGCUUCCCAAAAUAACAAGAAAGAAAAUUAA